AUGAUAGUUCCGACCAUCGACUCAACGCUCCACCUACCACGGAUCCUCUGCCUCCAUGGCGGCGGCACCAACGCCCGCAUCUUUCGCAUGCAAUGCCGCGUCCUUGAACGGUUGCUCCGCCCACACUUCCGACUAGUCUUCGCCGAAGCGCCCCUCCCAGCACGCCCAGGCCCCGACGUGACAUCCGUAUACAAAGACUACGGACCAUUCAAAGCAUGGCUGCGCGUACGGCCCGAAGACCCAGCCGAGGACGCACACGACAUCGUGAGAGCAAUCGAGGACUCCCUCGCCGCCGCACGACGCGCAGACGACAGUCAAGGCGCGACGGGAGAUUGGGUCGGACUACUUGGUUUCAGUCAGGGGGCCCAUCUCGCCGCCGGCAUCCUUGCUACACAGCAGGAGCUGCGGCGACGGAAUGAGGAUGACGAGACUUGGCCGACAUUCCGAUUCGCCGUGCUGUUGGCGGGACGGGGACCGCUGAGAUGGCUUCGUCCGGACCUGUCUAUGCCCCGCGGCUUUGUCGAUGCUGCGCAGUGUACCACUGGAGGGGAGCCACUGGUUUCCGUGGACUUGUUGCAGGAUAAUCGUCUACAAAUCCCAACUGUGCAUGUUCACGGGCUGACGGACCCCGGAUUGGAGUUGCAUCGAAGGCUUCUUUAUCAGUAUUGUGAUUCUCGCAUGGCGACACUUGUAGAAUGGAGUGGGAAUCAUCGUGUGCCGAUCAAGUUUCGUGAUGCGGCAUCUGUGGUUGAGCAGAUAUUGUGUGUGGCUCAGCAGACGGGUGUGCUAGGUAGAAAUUUAUAUCCCGUUGGUCACGCGGCUUCUCUACUAGAAUCACGAGUGAUGAUCGUCCGUACACAAGAGAUGGACACAACCCCACAAAUCGCUAUCGUGGGCGGUGGCAUCGUUGGCCUUGUCCUCGCUGCUGGACUCACGCGGAGAGGCGUCCAAGUCCAGCUUUACGAGCAAGCGCGGAACUUUCGAGAGAUUGGUGCCGGCAUCGGAUUCACGAAGAACACGGUAGGAUGUAUGGAGAAGAUCAACCCGGCUGUCGUGACGGCUUUGCGCUCCGGUGGAGCUGUCAAUGUUUCUUUGGACCAGCAGGAUCCCAAGUCAUAUUUGCGGUGGAUCGACGGCUAUGGCCAGCACCGAGAGGACGACCCCAUGUACCAAAAGCCACUCUUAAAGCUUGAUGCAGGCAUUAAGGGAUGGGAGACAGUUCGCCGAGACCAGUUCUUGGAGGAUCUGGUCAAAGUCAUUCCCGAAGGGGUUGUGCAUCUACGGAAGCGACUGGACACGAUUGAGGACAACGAAGAUGCGGACAAGGUCUACCUGAAUUUCACUGAUGGAACUAGGGCCGAAGCUGACGCUGUCAUCGCAUGCGACGGCAUCAAGUCCAGAGCGCGACAACUCCUACUCGGUGUGGAUAAUCCCGCCUCAUUCCCCCAAUACACACACAAGGUCGCUUACCGCGCGUUAAUUCCCAUGGACAAGGUCGUCGCAGCGAUCGGCGAAUACAAGACCUUCCGCCAACACAUGCACGUCGGUCCGAACGCACAUCUUAUCCAUUACCCCGUCAACACGAACACAAUAGGAGCCACCGUCGUGGUCUCCGACCCCAAUGACUGGCCACAAGACAAGCCUACGACGGCCCGUGCGUCACGCAAGGACGUGUCAGAAGCACUGGCCGGGUGGUGUACUCCGGUCCGCAACCUCGUCGAGCUGUUCCCGGAAGAGCUAGACCAGUGGGCACUCUUCGACCUGUUCGAAUACCCAGUGCCAAAGUAUAACAAGGGGAGAGUAUGUCUGAUGGGCGAUGCGGCGCAUGCAUCCAGCCCCCACCACGGUGCCGGAGCUUCUUUCGGUCGGACAUCCAAAGCGACUGCAUUGCGCACUGCGUUCGAGACAUACGACAAGAUCCGUAGGACAAGAACGCAAUGGCUGGUCAACAGCAGUCGACGCGUGUGCGAUCUCUUCCAGCAACCGGAGUGGGCUAACCCGGCCAAGCGGGUCAAGACCGAGUCGUGUUUCGAAGAGGUCAAGGAUCGCUCAUUCAAGAUAUGGCAUUUUGACUCUGCUGCUAUGGUUGAUGAUACGAUUCGCGAAUACAGGGAGAGCAUGCAUUUGUCGACGAAGACGAAGAGCGUUGAUGGCAACAAUGGAGCGAGCGUGACUAAUGGUACCAACCCGGCGUAG